CACAAAUUAAAUUAUAAUUUCCUGCACUCUGAUUGGUUCACAAGAUGUUAAUUCAUCGUUCGAAAGGACGCUGAAAACUGAAAAGCCUGAAAGAUUUGCGAGGAGCCAUUACAGAUAAGUUAGACAACCGCUUCAAGUGUGAGGAAAAUCUUAAUUUUCGUCUCAAAACUACCAAGAUGUCAGGUCGUGGAGGUAAAGCUGCAAAGCGAAUGAGAUCAACUCGCUCACAGAGGGCAGGAUUAAUCUUUCCAGUGAGCAGAGUGCAUAGAUAUUUGAGAAAGACAACGCACCAUUAUCGAAUCGCUUCGGGCGCCCCCGUGUACCAAGCAGCCGUGAUGGAGUAUCUCACAGCAGAAAUACUCGAGUUGGCUGGAAACGCCGCCAGAGAUAACAAGAGAUCAAGAAUUAUUCCCCGACAUAUUCUCCUCGCCAUCGCAAACGACGAUGAACUACACAAGGUUCGUAUUUUCACUCCAUGUGCUUCCGAGCCAUUCGAGUCUUCGACCAUCCCCUCUAGUAUAUAUGCCGCCUUUGUUUCGCUUGUCGCCCUUUUUCAGAAGUAUUUUGUAUGCUACACUGAAGCUAACUGUCUAAAUCCAUCAUAGAGCUUGCCGUUUAUAUCUUUGCAAUGUUUUUUUUCGUAAUUCUGUAGCUAUUUCAAAUGUAAAAUCCGCUUUUAUAAACGGUUCCUUCCCAGUUCGCUUGACAAAAUUUUCAAAGCUUUGUUUGUCUUCCCGCGCAAAAUUUCUAAACAUGGCAUGGCCCGAAAACGUACUUGUCUUAUAAAAUCUCGAGGAUUUGCAAAUAAUCUAUAGUUUUCGUUUAUUGCAGACAGAUUUCAGAAAACAAAUAGAGAGAUUUCGUCGUUUAGGAUUUUUGACAAUAUCUAGAUUCGUUUUCUACCAAAUGGUCAGAAUUUGAACAGGAAGUCGGCCAUUGACCUGAAUGCUCUAAUAAUGAUGAUUGCACAAAUCUAGUGGCUGGUUUUCCCAGGGUCAUGCCUAGCCACGAGCCGAACAUUUUUAUGUUAGGUGCGAAUUGCAAAAGGUUAAAAGUAUACCUAAAAACUAUCGAGUCAAGAUUAACGCCAACAAAACUGAGCAAAAAUUUAUGCAGAUCAAAACCAUUUUAACGAUGAUUUGUUUCUAAUACAGGGCUGCAAAUUACUGUCGGACAUCGGACAAUGUCCGACGAAAUUUGGCAAAUGUCCGAGCAAAAGUAAUUUCGAUCGGACAUUGGUCCGAUAAAAAAAAAAUACUGUCACAUUAUACAUUUUUUUGCAGUGACAAAAUCCGAUUACAAAUUCACUCAAUUUGCAUUUUGCAAUAAAAUUUACGAGGCAUUCUAGCAUUUUACGUAACGUUGCGCCGGAAUGGCCCUAUAUACUUGUCUCGUGACUUAUAUAUAUCUUGUGACUUAUAUAUGUCCGACCAAAUUCAAGUUAUGUCCGACCAAAAUUAAAAGUGAUCGGACAAAUGUCCGGUCAAGUCAAAUAUUUAUUUGCAGCCCUGCUAAUAAUUUUGAAGUUACACUGUACAUGUGCAGGGUUUGAGUUAACGAUGUGCCAUGAACACCAUGGUCAAAUGUAAAGUGAACGUGCGACCGUAUGUGGAAAUGGCGGGAAAAAUGUCGGCCAAAACAAUGGGAGGAAAUAUGGGAAAACUAUACUUAUUCUCCUUUGUGUAGUUUUCAAAAUUAGUUAGUUAAUGUCUAUGCUAACAGAAAAUGGCUGAAAUUCCUACGAGAUGGCCAAAACCAUUAUAUGACAAAAUCAAAAUUCAGACUGCCAUUUUGAUUGCUAAUACAGGUGCUUCCACUUGUCAAAAUUAAAAUUUCUUAAAACUUUCCUUUGGGAUUUUACAGUUGAUUUCAACUAAAUUAUUUUUGACUAAAAUGUCCAAACCUUGUACCAAACAUCGCAAAUUCGCAAACGUUUGUAAUAAGGCCUAAAAAAUACCUGCAGUGUGGUUCCGGUUUCAUAUCGCGAAAAAAUUGGGGAAGGUACAUCGGAAUUUUUUUUUGAAUAUUUUGUCAUGCUUUUGGUGGUUUUUUGCUGGGCGAUUUUCAGUAGAGUCUCAAAAUUAACUAGAGAUGCGUUGUUUCUAUGGACAAAUUUAGGCGGUUUGGUUCAACAAUUAUUGUGACAACAGAUACCAUUUUGGCACGCUGUAUGAGCAGCCCGCAACCACCCAGAGAAAUUAGGGUCGCACAGUCAAUCGUGUUGAAAAAAAUAAUAGGGUCGGCAGAAAAUAAUAGGGUCGGUCAGCAGGGUUCGAAAUAACGGUUCGUGAAUCACGAAUCAAUUUUCAUUUUUCACGAACCCAAUUUCAUACAAUUUCAUAGAAAUUGAUCAAAAUCAUGAAUCAAAAGUCUCUCAAAUUGAUAAAAAUAUACAAUAAUAAAUUCAGUUCUUUGUAAAUGUGAUGAAGGAUCAUAUAUUCUGAAGAUAUUGUUGUUAGAUUGUACUUAAAAACGAUUAUAAUUCCACCCAAAAUUCUAUUUUUUUGCGAGUUUGCGAUGUAUAUUAUAUAUUUGAAAAUUGCAGUGCUUCCACUUUUUAACUUCCAAUUAGCGAAAAUUCCUUAAAAUUUCCUUAAAAUAAACGCACCAUUUUUUCAGAAUUAAUUUGAACCCUGGUCAGGAAACCGGAACCACAGGAAUUUUUAGGCCUAAAUGUGGCAAUGAAGCCAGUUUUUUAUUAGUAGUCUUUAGAAAUAUUUAAACAAUUAUUCAAUGCCAGUUUCGUUGUGUAGAUGUGAUUACUUUACCAUAAAUUUUUUUGCAAUUUAUGUGUGACCAUAUUAAAUAUUGAAAUAUCUAAAUGCAGAAGAAAAUACUGAAAGCAGGGCUGCAAAUAAAUAUUUGACUUGACAGGACAUUUGUCCAAUCACUUUUAAUUUUGGUCGGACAUAUCUUGAAUUUGGUUGGACAAAAGCCAACAUCACUAAAUUUGGUUGGACAUAUAUACGUCACAAGAUAUAUAUAAGUCACGAGACAAGUAUGUACGCCAUUUCGGUGCAACGUUACAGGGACCGCGGAGACGGGGGCUGUGGGGGGGCUUUAGCCCCCCACUUUUUUUGACAGCCAAAAUUAUUAAAAUAGAAAUCUAAAUGAAACUUUCUAAAUUAAUUAAUUGGGGGUUUUAUUGAUGAUUUAGCCCCCCCACUCUCUAAUACGCUCCGCGGGCCCUGCGUUAAGUAAAAUUAAAUGCUAGGACGCCUAGUAAAUUUUAUUGCAAAAUGCAAAUUGAGUGAAUUUGCAAUCGGAGUUUGUCACAGCAAAAAAAUGUAUGUGACAAAUUUUUUUGUGAUCGGACCAAUGUCCGAUCAAAAUUACUUUUGCUUUGACAUUUAUUUGCCAAAUUUAGUCGGGCAGUAAUUUGCAGCCUUGGAAAGUAAAUUUCUACCACGACCUGGUCCAGUACUCAUUGUCUCCCGCAAUGCAUAUGACGUAUUACAUGAAAAUGCAGUAGACUUGGUGAAAAAGUAGACUUGGUGGAAAGUUCUCUUCAUAUUAUUAGCAGAAUAAUAUGAAGUGCUCUUCAUAUUAUUAGCACUGAUGAAGAUCCGGGCUUACGGAUCGAAAGCUUUGCAGUAAUAAAUUUACGUGGUGUUUCUACAAACAAAAAAUCAGUCAAAUUUGUUUGCUUGGACUUUGUUUGUCUUCUUGUAUUAUUUUGGACGGUAUUUUGUCGAGAAAUAUCCGCCAUGGACAGAAUUAUUUUCAGUAUCCCUCGGGAUACUGAGCUUGUGAUUUUCAGUAUCCAAAUUUAAAAUCUGGUAUCGCCGGGAUAUCGGGAUACUGCAAAUUUGAAGCCCUGGCACCAUAAUUGUUUAAUUCUUACAGCUUCUGAAAGGAGUGACUAUUGCAUCAGGAGGUGUGUUACCAAAAAUUCACCCGGAACUUUUGAAAAAGAGAAAGGGUGGCAAAUUGUAUACGCCUGAAGAAUUAAAAUCCAAGAAACAAAAGAAACCGGCAACACCCAAGAAAAGUGAAAAGGGAACGCCAAAGAAAGCAGAAAAGGAUGCCCCAACACCAAAGAAAGGUGGCAAAGGCAAAGCUGGAAAGAAAGAUGCCGUCAACAAAGAUCUAGGACCAGGAUUUACACUGUUGUCAGAAAAGACUCUAUUCCUUGGGCAGUCGAUGUGUGUUGUGCAGGGAAAUAUCGCUGAGAUUGAUGUUGAUGCUGUUGUCAACCCUACUAAUGCAAAAUUAAACCUUGCUGGCGAAGUGGGUAAGAAAAAUGCAUAGAUUUCUUACUGGGUCUGAAUUUUUGGGGAUAUAUCCAGCCUGAUUGUGAGACAAUCUCAUCUGGUAUCCAGGGUCUUAGCUAGAGGGCCGUGUUAUCACGGCCAAAAAUGGAAAAACACGGCUAGAUAAAAUGAACGCGGCUGCGAUCAUUAUUUAUAUAAGGCCGUGUAUGUUCAUAAAAUAAGAUGGUGCUACUUACAACAGACAGAAUUUCUUUCUAUUUACGUCAUAAGAAAGUUUGUAAAAUCUGUUGUUGUUGAAAUUGGCAAACGUGAUCCGUGAUGUUUUAAUGUUUUGAUGGAUAAUGGGAACUAUAUGGUGUUAAAAAUCAGGUUUUAAAUACCCCAAGAGUUGCUGAAAUAACUUAAUAUUUUAAUGUCAGUGCGCAAUAUGAGUAUAUGCUUGCCUUGUAUUUAGUUGCAAAGCAUAGAACAAUCAUAGGCAGCAUUGUCCGUUGUAUAGAACCGUGAAUUUGGCCAAGGUAAUUGACAUGUGCACACCCUGGUAAUUUAGAAACACGUCCAAGAUCUAAAAUGCUAGCUAAGACCCUACUGGUAUCUGGCCGGAUACUGGAUAUCAUAUAUAUAUUUAACAAUUAUACCAUGAGCUCGAGUCGUAUAUGAGUUGAUAGCCGACGAGGUGCGUAGCACCGAGUUGGCUAUCAGCCAUAUACGACGAGAGCGAAUGGUAUAAUUGUUUUAUAAUAUAGUCUAAUAUAGCCAUUAACUGAAGCAGUAAUUAAUUAUUCACUGUUACAAUGUGUUGACAAUUUUUUCGGCCAAAAACAGCUUGAAAAACAGCUUGUCUUACAACUCGAAGACGAAGUGAAAGAAAUGGUUUUAGAACCUCUAUAUCUCACAGGAAAGCUCAGAUAUAUUAUACAGAUGUUUGGUACUAUAGGAAGUGCUUGUUGACUGCAAAUUCAUUUGUCGUUCAUUGCAAACUUUUCUGAACAAUUUAUAUUCUCAAUGAACAUGUUUUUUCGCUGUUGUUUCGGUAUUAAUUCUUUAAAAAACUUGUAUUUAAACUAAUUUCUACGUAAUAAAUGUAUUUUGCUAACCUGUCAAAUUUUUUUUGAGAGUUUUUCCUUGUGAUAUUAUUCUCAAAGCGAAUAUUUUCCUUUUUCUGCUUCGCAAAACUCAUGUAGUUUUUGGACCGCCAUCUUGUUUUUCGCUACUCGCUGUAUAUGAGCUGAUAUACGGCGAGUAAUUCAACCAAUCAGAUUGCAGAACAGCUCAUAUACGGUGGAUGACUAUAUUAUAAAUAUAUAUAUAUGUGGUUUUGGUCUUCUUUUUGGGUUAAAAAAGUAGGGGUGUUAGUAUGUGGUACUUGAAAUUAUCCUAGAAAGCCUGGCUGUAUUUUCAAGAUUUUUCAUGCUUGUUUGUAAAUGCAGAUUGGACCUUUGCGAGGGAGGCUUGUGCUAUGUUUACCAUGCAAUAUUAGUCAUUAGAUAUACAAUAUAUAGUGUGGAUUUUUUUAUAAAUAUAUAUUUUGCAUUGGGCCAUUCCAGAAAACAUCCAUACCUCCCUCACAGAGGAAAUUUGAAGUUGACUCCUUACCCCCUUCGGAUGUCCUUUGAAUACACUAUUAUCAGAAACAAAAUUUUCUCCCCUCCUUCUAGAAUGGCAGAAAUCCCCUCCUUGGGGGGAGUGUGGACUUUUCUGGAACGACCCAUUGCAGGCUUGCAGCUUAAUUGAGACAUGCAAUAAAUUGCAGUUUUUGAUAAACUGAUGCGGCACUAUUGUGUAUGGAAUUGCACGCCAUGGCCUUGUGCUUAGAAAGGGGCUAGUAACAAUGCAACUGAGCCAUUAUUCAUGUGUUCAAUUUUAAAUAGUAUGUUUACUGUGUGUAGAAAUACAGUGGUAUUCUGGUAUUGAAACAAACAAAUUGUUUAGUUAACAGCCAUGUCAGUGCAGCCCAGGGAUGGAUCCAGCAUAAUCUGGUAGGGGGGUGCUCUGGUGCCGACUACCGAGUUGUGUCGGUCAUGUGUGCCGCCCGCCCAUCAACUACUGUAUUUGAAUUGUAAUUGUUGUUCACAGUUCACUUAUUAUCAUGUUAUUACUCAAAUUACUGUAUCUCAUUUUGUCUUUGCUUUAUCAUGAAAAAUAGCACCCCUGCACCCCCUCUGGCCAAGGGGGUAGUGCACCCCAAGUAAAUCCAUCCCUGGUGCAGCCUGCUAAAUAAAUGUGUGUGGCUUGGCCAAUCAUUCGAUGAUGUUGCUGACAUAGUUUGUUUUGUUUAGGAAAUGCCUUGAAAAAGGCUGGUGGUGAAGCUUUCGAAGAAGAAGUCAAAAACUUGGCCAAAGACAAGAGUCCUUUGGAUGUUGCUGAUGGUUAGUUCAUACAGUUUUAUCAGAGCUAGAAAUUUGUAUAAAGAAUCUCAUUAGCCUAUUCACUGUUUUAUCUAAAACAUAGCUAUUGGUAUUUAUAUAUACUAGUGGCCAGAAGAUUUGUUUGGUGUGAUUAUGUUCCAAAUUGUCCCAAAAUUCAUUAGAGUUUAAGAGUUUAUUCAACUUGAAAAUUAUUCACUGUGCACUUCCAAUUGGUUUAAACAUUGGAAAACAUUUCACUUGUGAGUUGUGACCAUAAAUCAAUUAGUUAUGCUCUUUGCUUGUGUAUUUAUCUAGCUGCCAUUUGCCAAGGACAUGGUUUCCCAGCUAAGUUUGUCAUUCAUGUAAACAGUCCAACAGCCUCUCAGAAGGAUGCACUCGAGAAGGUUGAAGCUGCAGUCAAGAACAUUCUCGCACUGGCUGAUGAGAAAAAUUUGAAGAGUAUUGCCUUGCCUUCGAUUGGAAGUGGAGCGUAAGUAAAAAUGUCUGACGCUUGUUGUGUUGGUAGACAACCUUACAUCCAAUGGUGAUAUAUGCAGCCUGCUUGCAGAUCUCCAUAUCUUAUAGGUCUGUGAGUAGACAGUAAAUGAACGAAAAAUGUUCCCUUGCAAAAGUCAGCAGUUGCCUCCCAAUUAUAAACUGCAGUUUUCACAUCUCAUGCUAAUAUGACUUAGAAGAAUCCCGUAGGUCAUUUAAAUACACUCGGCCACUUUUUGACCUGUGAAAAUAGCCUAUAGACGCAGUUUUCGUACGUUUGAAAGCAUUACGUUAUAUUUUGAAACCUGUCUUUAACAAUUACAAUGAUGGGUUACUGGAAUACGUCAAGCCAAAUAGUAUAUACGGUAUAAUCUAAGAGGAUAAACAGUUAAACCGAAUUCGUAGAAAACUUGAAAGUCCUUGAAUUUGAAAAGAAAAUUAAGGCCUGAAAAUCCUUGAAAUUGUAAAAAAAAGUGCUUGAAAGUCUUUGAAUUCUUCUUGCUUUAGUUUUCGGGUAUUGUCUGAAAUUUGUUUGACCUUCAAAAAGGGUAUUUUGUUGAACUGAUUUUGGUCAUGGCUUACAAAGUUGAAAUUCAUUAAACUUGCAAUUUGAAGAAUUAAAUGUCAUUUUCUAACGCCUUCUCUUCAGCCCUUGAGUUUCUUGAUGCAUGCCCUUAAAAGUCCUUGAAUUUUGCUCUUCCUUGCCUAUACGAACCAUGUUAAAAACAGUAUAUCGUGCACGAUUAUAUUCAUUCAUUUUUCACUAUAUUCGCAAGUGCUACACAAUGUUUAACAUUAAGAACUCGGGAACUAGUUUGUUUCGUAAUAAAAAACAGCCAUAAACAAAUGGUUCGGGUUAUGGCAUACAGGUAUUAUAGUUUGUAUCAAUAGACAACAGUAUGUAACACGUCCUGUUUUACUACCAUUGGUACCAUAGUAUCUAUGUACAUGUGAUAUUUGAAACAGUGUUACAACUAGUCAUUCUAACAAUGCAAAUCGUAGACUGUGUAAAAAGCAGCGCGGCUGCCGCUCGUGGCUGCAGAAGUUACAGAGCCAUAUGGAAAACGCGCACUGUUUAAAUUAAGAAUUCUGGAGAGUUACAGGCUAACUCCAAAAAUCAUGUAGAAGGCAGUACAGCUAAACACAAAAAACUGGGAGUUACUGGAUAACAACUUCGCAAAUCAUGAAGCCAAUUAUCUAAGCCUUUUGAAAAUUGGCUGCCUCCACACAAAAAAAGUCCUCCACAAGCAUAUGUUAUUUUGCUUCCACAAAAAUAAAAUUUACAUGAUUGCUAUCCUGCCUCCACAAUAAUAAAAUCUACAGGCAUGCUAUCCAUCGCUUGCGCCUGUUAUACGACGAUGCACUCCAAAACCUUGGUCGUUGAAUAUGGAUCUGAUUAUGGGUACUUCUUUCCUCUUGGACGAAGAAGAUUACAAGAGUUUUUCAACCUUAUGUUGUUUAACCAUUUGUGACCCACAUCACGCUGACCUUGCUACCCUUUCCCUUGCAGAAAAGAUGAGCUGAGAGCACAAAUUGUCCAAACAACUUUGAAGACCAUAUCCGACUACUUCGUCACCGUAAUGGCCUCCUCUCUGAGACAGAUCAAGUUUGUCAUGACCAAAAUGGAAGACAUUGGUGCCUACACAAUGGAAAUGGCCAAACUUGACGCUUGAAUUCUCAAGCCUAUGUACAGUACAGCCGAUAUACUACAUCGUUUUCUAGAAAACAUUUUUAACUUAUACUUAAUCACACUGUAAUUUUAGAAAUGACUACCUUUGUCUUGUUUAUCACAUCGUACUUGUUCCUACGGGACAUUGUAGCAAACAUUUUAUUGUUAAUAUUAGUUUGAAGGAAAUGGCAAAACUGUAUGAUUAUGGUAAUUUUUAUUAUACUUAAACCAAAGGAAAAGUUGUAAUGCAAAGUUUUUGCUUUGUGUUUGUACGUAGGGUCGGUCUAUUGACCAUAGUCUAAUAUUAAUUCGUGCACUAGUCCGGCUCAAAUAUUACCCGAAUCCCCCCAGGCACGCUGUCUAGUAGCCUGAUCUGGUAGGGAGGGUGUGCAUCAUCUUUGCCGGGUUGCAUCCGUUCAACAACUAAUCCCCAACUGUAAUCACCCGAGAGAGCUACUUGGCAGCAGUAUUCUUGGCGGAUUUUCAGAUUUUGCUCUGGGGGUUCCGGAAAUUCAAGUGGGGGGGCUAUCUGCAAGUCUCCCUAGAUAGCUUAACAUGUGGUAAAUCGCGGACGUGACAAAAAAAACACCCUAAGUUCGCAGUGUCGGCAACGCGGAUAAAAAAAAUAUGAAUUUGUAUCAAAUCCAAAAGAAAAGCAUAUACAGGGUUCGUAGCGGUCUUUGAAAUCCUUGAAAGUCUUUAAAUUUGAAUGCAGGUCUUUUGAAAUGUCUUUGAAUUGUGUGAAAAAGCGAAGAAAGUCUUUGAUUAUACCAUUUCCUAGCUAAUAAAAUAGAUUGAUUGAAGCAAGAUUUUCACAAAUAUCGACGAAAAAGUGCAUUUUAGGAUGUGAUUUGACUGGACCAAUUACCAGCUAAAAUGGUGAUUGCUUUAAAGUCUUUGAAAAGUCUUUGACAAUACUAAUCUCUGAAAGUCUUUGAAUUUUUUUGAUUUUGGAGACUACGAACCCUGAUAUAAGUAACUGUCUUUUUUUUACCCCUUUUUAAGUUCGCUAUAAUCUAGCCCAUAGAACGUUCUAAAACUCGUUACAAAAGCUGAAAAGGUGCGGGAAGCUAUAUCUCGCAAGCCACACAGGCAAAGACAGUUGCUUGAUAGUCGUGCUAAUUUCAUAAACACCCAACAAUUCUUCAGGUGAAUGUCUUAUCAAUAUUCAGGCUUGAAAAUUGGAUGACUUACUAGAUGCCAUUUUCCUUUCCUCAAAUUCGAGUAGAGCCUGACACUCGCGUUAUACAUGCUUAAAAACGCUACAAUAUUGUUGAGAUGGAAUCGGGUGUGACAAUAUUGUGGACAACUGCAUAAUUUGGGCAGCAAAACAUUGUUCAAUCCUGUUUUCAUCAAUAUUGCAACAACCUGAUUGUUUUUAUCCGUGUAACUUACAAGUUACAAUAGGCAAAGUAUUUUUUGCAAACCUUCAACUCUUAAGCCUGGUUCACACGAUGAAAUAAGCACAAGCAGCGGAACCUUUGAUGUACAUAAACGUAAGCAUAAGAAGAACGCAACAUUUGUUCUUCUUAUGCUUACGUUUAUGCACAUCAAAGGUUCCGGUGCUUGUGCUUAUGCUUAUUUCAUCGUGUGAACCAGGCUUAAGCGCGCAAAUCGUAAUGGGAGCAUAAGUUUCAAGUUGAAUAUUGCAGCUAUUUGUGAACGAAUUCUUGCAAGGAGAUAUUACCAUGCCUCUAAGAAAUGGGCCCCAUAUAAUAUGAUUUCUAAACUGAUUAAAUAUGCUUUGCACGCUUAGAGUUUAAGGUUUGCUUAGCCUUAGGACAACCUUUUUUGAAUUAGCUAUAUCCGUAUUAACUGUGGUAUAUCAAUACAUCCCUUUCGUUUGUGUGAUGCAUACCAUACAAGUGCACUUAUACAUACAUUGAAAAAAAAUGACAAAUCACAUGGAUAACAAAUAUAGAUAGAGAAAAUGUGGCAGACUGGCAGAAACACCGCAACAGCCUUUAGCCAAUUGCAACGGGUCCAGCACAUUAAAAACAGCAUGUAUAUCCUACAGACCACAGUAAAUUACACAACAGACACGUUGAUAACCCGGCCACAGAGUCCUCACUCACCCCACUCUAAUCCAGUAAUCCCUCAUAACGGGAGGCAUCUGCCUUGAGGGCGGGGGGGGGGGGGUCGGAAACUCCCACCCCCAGUGCGGCAUACCACCCUUCUUAGGCCAGGGUCGAACCUCGACUUUUCAUGUGCCGAACCUAAUGCAAAUGAAGUGAAACAAAGAACUUAGCUCAUUAACAUUAGGUUCGGCACAUGAAACGUUUAACCCUGGCCUAAGGGGAUUACUUAAAUUGAAGUGUUGUAAGCAGGUUGCACGCGACAGUUUUAGGCAAAAGUUGUGUAGUGUAAAUCGGUUUUGUUGCAAAGCAAAGUUGAUAGUUUUAUCAACAUUUUCUUUCAGAAAUAAACUUCCGAAGCAAGCCACUGCAGAGAUAAUCCUGCGAGCUAUCUCGGAUUAUUUCGUUUCCAUCAUGGCUACCUCGUUGAAAGCUGUUUAUUUCGUGCUUUAUGAUAACGAAAGUAUUGGAAUUUACACCGCAGAGUUGGCCAGGCUGGAUGCAUAGUCAUGGAACAUUUUGCUAUCAGUAAAUAUAUCUGAAUUCUAAAUGAUAAUUUAGUAGUUAAAUAAUAUAGUUAACUAAUAAUCGGCAAUUAAAUGCGCACAAUAUAAAAAGAUACCGGAAGGACGUACUUUCCAAUUCCGGAAGGGUUUUGGGAUUUCGUAGGGAAGGUUUAAUUAAUUAAUCAAACAUGUCAUGAAGAUAAAAUUUUACUUUCGAGAGUUUUAAAAUUAAGGUCGAGAAUUUGCAAAAGUUUUUAGCAUGAUGGCAGCACUUUCCUUGCGAUAGUAACUUCUAGUAUUAUUGAUAAUAUAACAACAUCUCAUUAAACAACUCAUUAAAUUUUAGUAAUUUAAUUGGCUGAUUAUGAUCACGUGGUAUGGAAUUAAAAUUGUGCUACCGUGCAAUAGUACAAAACUUAUUGCACGAUAGUACUUGUAGUCUUGUACUAUUCAACGGAAGGGUUUAAUUAAAUUCAAUAGUUUAAAUUCGUAUCGUAAUUUAUUUAACCAUAAUUUUAAUACUGAGGUAAUCAAUUAAUACAUAAUUUUAAUAAAUUCAAAUACAUAGCUCGUGGGAAACAAAAUGGCUGGUGUAAAAAUACAAUAUUUUUACGAU